GGAGGAAGCCAGGUUACCUCUGUUGGACCUGCCUGCUCCCAGCAUCUCCAGCCACAAGCUGUCUCUGCCGGAAUAACUCAAGUCACCCGUACGGAAAAUCAGUUUGCUGAAAUUAUUCAAUCAACGAUUCUUGAAGUUGAAGAAAAGGAGGUUCCAGCCUUGACAGGAAGAGUGUGGCCCUUCCUGGAAUCCCUCUGGACACACCCUCCUAGCUUCCUCUAGGAAAGAUGCGGCAGCUCAAAGGGAAGCCCAAGAAGGAGACCUCCAAGGACAAGAAGGAGCGGAAGCAAGCCAUGCAGGAGGCCCGGCAGCAGAUCACCACAGUGGUGCUGCCCACGCUGGCCGUGGUCGUGCUCUUGAUCGUGGUGUUUGUGUACGUGGCCACGCGCCCCACCAUCACCGAGUGAGCCCCGCAGCCAGCCGCGGACCCCAUCGGCAGGGAGAGGAGGCGCGGGAGGGGGACGCAAACAAAAAAUGGCUUUCAUAUUCAGAGAUGUUCAUGUUGCUGAGCUGUAAGCUGGAGCACCCUGUCUUCUCUGGUCUUUGACUUGAUUAAAGUAUCUCCGCUUUUCUUGGGAGGGAAUAGGGGAUGUUUUAUCAGUGAAUGUGCCAUACACCUUAUGGUCCACUUCAUGUGCCUUUCAGACUUCAAAGCGCGCGCGCGCGCGUGUGUGU